AUGGGCCACAACGAGGGCCGCGAUCCUCUCGAACACACCAGCCUCUACCAAAGAGCCGACAGCGAGGACAGCGACACGGAGGGCGGCCUGGGCAACGUGAACAAGAUGAUAAUGCGGCCGCCGGGUCACAGCGGGAAGGCGAAGAAAGGUCACAUCUGCUUCGACGCCUCGUUCGAGACGGGGAACCUGGGCCGAGUGGAUCUUAUCUCGGAGUUUGAGUACGAUCUGUUCAUCAGGCCGGACACCUGUAACCCCCGGCUGCGGCUGUGGUUCAAUUUCACCGUGGACAACGUGAAGGCGGAGCAACGGGUCCUCUUCAACAUCGUCAACAUCUCGAAGAGCGCGAAUCUCUUCCGGAACGGAAUGACGCCACUGGUGAAGAGCAGCACCAGGUCCAAGUGGCAGAGGAUUCCCAGGGAUCAAGUCUUCUACUACAAGUCAGCCCAACACCAGAACCACUACGUUCUCAGCUUCGCCUUCUCGUUCGACCGAGAAGAAGACGUUUAUCAGUUCGCGUUGACGUAUCCCUACUCCUACAACCGCUACCUGGCGCACCUGGACAACCUCUGCACCAGGAUCACGUGUACAACACGGGAAACCCUAGCCACCUCCAUACAGAAACGGAAGAUCGAGCUGAUCACGAUCGCCUCGAACCCGGAGGACGUUCAGGAGCGUUCCAGGAAAGUCGUGGUGAUACUCGCGAGAGUCCACCCGGGUGAAUCACCCUCAUCCUUCGUCUGCCAGGGUCUAAUGGACUUUCUGGUCAGCUGCCACCCCAUUGCUCAAGUCCUCAGGAACUACGUUGUCUUCAAGAUCAUCCCCAUGGUGAACCCAGACGGCGUUUAUCUCGGUAAUUACAGAUCCACGGCCCUCGGCGCCGAUCUGAAUCGCGCCUGGAACAAGAUCUCCGACUGGCUUCACCCAGCCCUAGUCGCCAUCAAGCCGAUGCUGAAGAGCCUGGACAAGAACUCUCGCACCCCGUUGGACUGCGUGUUGGACCUGCACGCUCACACGAACGCCACCGGACUGUUCGUCUACGGGAACACCUACGACGACGUGUACAGGUACGAGAGACACAUCGUGCUACCGAAGCUGCUGGCUCAACACGCCGAGGACUACGAAAUCGGGAACACGAUGUACAACCAGGACUCCCACAAGUCUGGCACGGCGCGGCGUUAUCUCUGCUCGAUGCUGAGGGAGCACGUCAACUGCUACAGCAUCGAGGUGUCCAUGUACGGGUACAACAGGAAGACCACGCCCGGGAUAUUCCCGUAUACCGAGGAAAGCUAUUACAGAAUAGGUCGAAAUUUGGCUCGCGUCUUCUUGGAGUACUACAAGCUGAUGGGCCUAAUCCCGGCUGGUCUUCCGGACCAACCGUCCAGCAAGAAAUCGCGGCAAUCUCGACCGAGACACCGGGUCCCUAGGGAGCCUAGACCGAGGACCUCCAGGACGCCGGCUCCUGUGCACCUUGCCAGCAUUCACGAAUACUUCCAAGAGGAGGCGGCCGAGCCGCCGGCGAGCGGCGGUUACCGAUCGAUGAGCGGCACGCGGAUGAGCCAGCUUGGGACCGGAAGUGGAAGUGGAACGGGCGUCGGCGGGUGCAGGAACCGGAGCUACAGGUUCCGGAGCCCCGGGGCACCGCUCGUCAGGGUACAGCCGCUGUCGAGACGUCCCGUCGAGCCGAGGCUCACCAUUAUCGAUUUCAAUCAGCUGACGAGGGGCGGUUUGGAGCUGGCUACCAGCAAGAACAGGGCAAAGGUCGCUCGCAAGCCCGCCAAGACCAAGAGAUAG